AUGAAUUUUCUAGAGGUGGUCGUUCAGGUAGAAAACCGGAGCAAGAGUGAUAUCUAUCUGAAGGAGAGUCUCCUUCAUGCAUUGCCAGGACGAUACGGCCUUGUGAUCAAAAUUGCCCCGUUCAGUACAAAGGUUAUUGCGGCGCAUACCUUCUUUGCCCGCAAUAAGUCCUUCGGGAGGCCCUCUAUCGUAGAGGUCCAUAUAAAUGGGAAAUUUAUUCAGCGGUUGACUCCACAGACAGUCGUACAUUUCCCUAAAAUCAUCAUUAAUGGUUUUACUGAUGGAGAGGGAUCCAUCAUCUGUGUGAUUCAUCCACAACGAGCACUGGAACUCUCUCGUUUGAGGGCCUUUAACUUUCUUGCGAUGGGCUAUAAAGAAAAGGAGGAGGUCUGGGUUGUGAGGGAGUAA